GUAAUGGCGAAUGAUGCUCGGGAACUCAACCGAACUUCAACCGAUGGGGGUCCCUGUUGGCCCACUUUUCUUUUUUCUACCUCCGUCUGCUCAAACCACUGUUGUAAACAGAAAGUGAUCUGAAGUACUCCGUAGAUACAUCUAAAUGCCGGUACCUGUAACACAUGCGUAUUGCGGUAAUUUAGAUCAUCGAGUUGACAGCUACGCUCAAUACUCCUUGUUGUCAAUCGUGUUUCUGCAGAACAAUUAACAGUCUACCUACCGCGGGCAUAUCGGCCACAGGGUUUCCUCACCAAACGCCGACGUCCUCUUCUGGGCCUCCAAUUAUGACUUCAAACUUUCAAACCCUCGAUCCAGAGGGGGAUCUGACCGUUAAUAUCACCAUCCCAGAAGAAGAUAUCAAACGUGAGUCGUUCCUCGCCUCCUCACGUCAUUUAUCUGUGGCUUCUCCUUAUUUCGAUCGCAUGUUUUCCGGCCCUUGGAAAGAGUCAGAGUCCGUAAAGUCUGGAAGUUUGGAUAUCGACGCCCUUCCUUCAUGUGGACCAACAAGUUACUCAAUCAUUUUGAAUGCAAUGCAUGGCCGGUUUCGAAAAGUGCCUAGCUCGUUGUCGAAGGCGGAACUGGUCUAGAUCGGAAAAUUGGUCGAUUACUACGAGUGCCUAGAAGUUAUCGAAUACCAUGCCGACCGAUGGGUAGAUGACACGUUCGAACGCGAUAAAUUUGCACUUGAAGGUGCGAAACGAGUCUCGAGUGGCUCUUCCUCUCUUGGAU